AUGGAGAAAUAUACAAAAAAUCCGUAUGGCAAAUCGCGACGACGAAGCUUGCUGAAAAACGUGUAUGACACUCGCAAAAAGAAAAUUAGAAAAAAAGUGGAGUGUAUUAGUAAUGAUAGUAAUAACGAAAGAAAUAAUAAUCACCAUGUGCUCAACAAUAAUAGUUCUAAAGAAAAUAAUCUAAAAAUAAUUAAAACAACAACAACAACUAGUGAAAAUUUAUUAGAAAACUUACCGUUAGGGAAAAAUGUUAAUCGUUACAGACGAAAAUUAUUUCCGAUUACGUUAUUUCUGUUGGUCUACUGUUACGUUUGUUCGUCGGCCGUCUCGUCGUUUGGUGUUGUAGCUAAUGAUGAAAUUCAUUAUCCUAGGAGUAAUAUUAGUUUAAGUAGUAUUGAUCGAACGAGAACUACAGAAACAACAGGGACACCAUCAUCAUCAUCAUCAUCGCCAACAACGCACACCUUCAUAAGCACAUCAUCAUCAUCAUUAUCACCGUCAGUCCGGAAUGCACGAGAUGUGAAUGUUGCCUUGAACGACGAACCGGAAUACGAUGACGAAGAAGAGGACGAGCCUGAAGAGGAUUAUGAUAUUACGAAAAAUAAAAGUGCAAAAGGAAUGUACGUUGGAGCACCAUGUGAGUUAUCGUGUAAUGUUAUGUUGCAUCACGUUUUUUGUGAUCCCGCUACAAAUACAUGCGGCUGUGAAAAAAACUAUCCAGUCCUUAUUGAUAGACGAAAAGGAUGUGCCAAGCCUAAAAAAUUGGGUGAACAAUGUUUGUACCAUGAAAUAUGUGCAUACAGUGAUCCAAAUUCGUUGUGUGUGCAAAUAAAGCACAACGCGAUAUGCGAGUGUGCCGAGGGAUUUCAUUCGGUGAGCUAUUUGAAGCCGACCAAGCGAAUUUUUUGUACUCAAGAUUUAGAGGUUAUUACAUCGAAUUUGCCCACAUUGCUGGGCGUCAUAACAAGUAUUACAGUGUUGGGCGGUCUAAUUUGCAUGGUAUUGUAUCUAUUUAGUAAGAAUAAGUAUCCGCGUGCUCGUGACUAUGGCGAUGCCCAUUUAUCGCCGCCAAUUAUGUAUGCCAGUGAUACAGGUAACGAUAAAAUUUUGCAGUAGAUUACGCGACCGUCAUCCCGUUCGAGUCAACGUUCCAGCGGAAGCAUUAGUUCCUACGGGCACCGCAGGACAUCUGGCGUGCCAUUGCACGGCUCCAAAGGUGUCCUCGUGUCAGCCUCGCGUACAGGAUCCCGAAGACCAAGUUUAGCAUCGGUUCAUAGUUCGAGUUCGUCUGUCAAGAGUUAUAGCAUGAAGAGAUUUGAGCAGGAAAUUCAGCAAAAAGAGCUGCGGCAGGAGAUGAAAAAGCAACUUACGAAAUUGCAGGAGCAACAACAACUGCAACGCGUCAAGCCGUGCAUCAUCAUUGGCGACGCGAUCCCGUUUACCGUAACGCGUACCAUUUUGCCUACACCAAGUCCCAUUACUCCAAAGUCCACAGACGAACUUUUGCCGUCUGUGUGUGAAGAACAAGAGUUUUCACCCAGUCUCAGCAGCACAAAAUCAGGUAAUAGCAGCAACAUUAUUCCUGUAGACGAUGUAAAACUUAGCGUUAAUCGGGCAUCAACGUCAAAGGAUUUCUCAUAA